GGGGUGACUGAAGCAGGCAGCGUCCAGCCAUCUGCUGUGCCGCUCCAUAGGCAUCCGCUGCUGGAACAGGCCGACUUCUCAAUGCCGAGGCGAGGGAAUAUACAAGGUGAGCUGCUCGGCAUGAUUCGACUGGAAACGGAACAUUCCCUCGAAGAGUCAUCAUCACCACCUCUCCCGAUCAAUUGCAUGUAAUGUCCAACGGACGAAGCCAGCAAGUCAUGGCAUCGACAUCAACAUCAUCAUCAUCAUCAUCCGACAUCCCGUCUCCCCCGAACCGCCCAAUCUACAUCGCCAAACUCAAAGGCCAGCCCAACCGGCGCGGCCACAUGAUGAUCUACAUCCCCAACCUGACCUCCCUCUCGCAUGACCCCUCCCCCAGCAGCAGCGAAAACCGAGAAGGUCGGCCCCCAUCCCCCGGGACCGUGCUCCAAGUCAUCGGCGCGCCCAUGCUAGGCUUCAACCACGAGAUCAUCCGCAACCACAACAUCAACGACGAGUCCAACGGCGUCUUGUCCACGCUCGCGCUCGUCGGUCUGGUCGAAGGGAGGCACGUCCGUGAUCCUCCUUCGGCGGGUCUCGAGAAGACCGACCGGACUUAUGACGCGGAUUCCCUCGAGGGAUGGGCGUUGCGGACCGCCGCUCCGAGGAAGACGGAGAAUUUCUUGGAUCCGGCGCAGGCGAGCAAAAUCCGCGACUGUCAGAAUUGGGUCGAGGAUUUCGUCGGGCUGCUCGUCCAGCGUGGCGUCUUGCCCGAGUCGGCGACGCAGGUCGUCCGGGAGAAUAUGGAUCCGCAGACGGGGUUGGCGUUGAGGUCGGUGAACAGUCUGAUAACGGGACCGCCUGGGGGGUCGAAACGAUGAAGAUCUUCGAAGUCGGAGGUUACCCCCAUGUUUAUGAUGUUUUACUUGAUGACAGACAUGCGUGUAUGUUGUGGAUGGAAUGCACAUGGGUCGGAAAUCUCCAAAUCAUAAAUAGGAGACACUCUGGGUCAUCGUCUCUGUCAACAACACGACGUCGCAUGAAGCUUUCUCCCCACGUCGGAAAUUCCAAAGGGACUGG